GAGUUUCACGAAUCCAAAAAGAAAAAAAAAAAGCUAAGAACUUUAAUUUUUAUUCGAAUCAUUCCCGAUCCUUUUUCUGGGCUCAUCAUCUUCCUCAAAAAUUCAAUCUUUAUAGAAGAGAAAAGAUCGUAAAAGAAACCCAUUUGAAUUAUGUUUGAUUCCAACCCAAAGUCUCAACCUUUACUCCCCAAAUCCUAAAUUUUUUUUUACUACUUGUAGUAAAAAAUUAGUUCCGUCUUCAAGUUGCAGAGAUUAGCAAGUGAAAGAGAUGGUGUCACAUGAAGAGAACACAAGUAUAGUGGAAUGGUUUCUUGGUCCUAAUCCAUUCACCUAUCCUCCUUAUGGCGUUGAGAUGAUUCAUGACGAAGAAGAAGCUUAUCAUCAUCAUCAUCAGACUGGUGAGUAUUACAGAGAGUAUGAAGAAGAUCAUCGUAGUAGCAGCGAUGUAGAUAAUGAUGAGAUCAUUGCAAGAACUCUCCAAGACGAUUUUUUGCAGCUUCAAAUCGCAGAGGAAAAUAAUAACGGUUAUUCGCAGCAACAACAACAACAACAACAUCAAGAAGGUUAUACUAACAACUAUAACAAUAACAAUAACGAAUAUGGCUGGAACGAGCAACCAGCUUUGGAGUACUCUACAGAAUGGGUAGGGAAUGAUAAUGAGCAAGGCUGUGAUUCGCCAAAUGUAUUUUCUUGUUCAAGCCCGAGUGACACGGAUGAGUAUGUGUACUCGUGGGAGUCGGAUCAGUGUGAGGCUGAUGGUGAAUUUGGGAGGAGGUUGAAUCAGAUGGUUCCUAUUCCUUAUGUGCCUAAAAUAAACGGAGAGAUACCACCCGAAGAAGAAGCAGUUUCAGAUCAUGAAAGACUUCGGAAUAGGUUAGAGUUGUUUGACUUCGCUGAGGUCAAAGUUCCAGGAGAUGGUAAUUGCCAGUUCCGUGCUUUAGCUGAUCAACUAUACAAAACCGCCGAUCGUCAUAAAUAUGUUAGACGACAAAUAGUCAAGCAGCUCAAAGCUAGUCCAGAGUCUUAUGAAGGAUAUGUGCCUAUGAAAUUCUCUGAUUAUCUAAGGAAGAUGUCUCGGAGCGGCGAGUGGGGAGAUCAUGUUACAUUACAGGCAGCUGCAGAUGUGUAUCAGGUGAAGAUAGUAGUGCUAACAUCAUUCAAGAAUACAUGUUAUAUCGAAAUUCUUCCUACCUCUCAAGAAUCCAAAGGAGUAAUCUUCUUGAGCUUUUGGGCAGAGGUUCAUUACAAUUCCAUCUACUUGAACAGAGAUACAUCUACAACAGAGCUACAGAGGAGGAAAAAGUGGUGGCGUUUUGGAAACUAGAUAGAUCAUGGAUCAUAUCAUCACUGGCUAUAUUAAUAUUUAUUGACUUGAGAGAGAGAGAGAGAUGAGAGAGAAUGAACAAAGCUCAUAGCUUCAAAGUCUUACAAUAAUGUUUACUUUCUUUUUUAAAAAGAAAGGGUUCAAUGUUAAACAAAUCUAAAUAAAAAAAAGCUCAACAUUUUGGUCUUGUGAAAGCAAUUGUAAUUUCUAAUC